UACUAUUUACGGCCGAGCUUGUAAAUUGUGAAUUAAUCAGGUGAUUCUAAUCGUAGGAUUUGUUAUUCAGAAAAAGAUGUCAGGCAUUGUGCUGAGAGAUGUAUUAUUUGACAAAGUGUAAUUUAUUUGUGUAAGAAGUGAUGGAAAAAGUAAAUAUUUGGAGUAAUGUUGAUUUGAUGGGUUGGACAGCAUGGUACACCAUACACAAGACACCUGGGCCAGUUUUUUCCCUGGACAGCUGAUUUUUUGUAUUUAAUGCAUUUGAGUGGUAAAAGAAAGAAGAUCUUUGAUGUAAAAUUAUGGACAGGAGGAAAGGGAGGAGAAAAUUGGAGGAGAUAGAACAAAGUUUGUUAAGGAUUGUGUUGGAGAGACAACAGGUGAUGGCCCACAAACACAUACCCAUAGAAACCUGGCUGGAGGCCCUGGGGCUAAGAGAAUACGAGGAAAUAUUCACCGGCUUCAGUGGGGUGGAGGAUUUGCUGAAUUUGACCGAGGCUGAUGUCCGAGACCUAGGGCUGAAGAACAGUGCACACAGAGCCAAAAUUGUCUCCAGUCUGCGCAUACUCAAAGAAAAAUAUGAACGAGGCUACCGUAAACCUCGGGUAAUACAAAGAAGUCACAGUGCCUCUGCUCAUGGUCGCCGCUGGCCCAGCAUGUCGACUUUCCCCGUCUCAUUUUGUAAUCCCAGGAUUCAGCUCUCCUGCUCACCGAAUAACAACUUUACGGACUAUCAAGUGGUGAACAUAUCUCCGGAGCGAUUGGAGCACGAUUUAAUCGGAGAGCUUCAGGCCGACCCCUCGGAGCUUAGACACUGGCCGUGGUAUCAUGGGAGUGUAAGUCGUCAGCACGCAGAGAAGACCCUCAGUCACAAUGGAGACUUUCUGGUGAGGGACUGUAUCUCACAGCCCGGUGACUUCGUACUCAGUUGUUGCUGGAGAGGUGUUCGUUUACAUUUUAUCAUUAAUUCUCAAAUCACAGAGAGGGACAGUCAUAUUCCUGAGAUCACAUACUCCCUGGAAGAGGAUAAAUUCUGUUCAGUGCAGGACCUUGUGCAAUUUUAUAUGUCCCAUAGGAAGUGUGUGACUAAAACAUCAGGUGCUUUUUUGUUAAAUCCUAUUGGAAGGACAAUGCCAUUAAGUUACUAUGACAACAAAUAUGGAUAUUCAGGAGGAAGUCCUGCGGGGGCAUUGUUGACUCCUGGACAUGGUGCAAAUGAAAGGGGAAGUCCCUACAGUUCUCCACACACAUCUCCGAAAGGUAGUCCUCGAUUACAGAGGAAACCGCUCAGAACCGGCAGCCAACCAAUACUCAAAAUGGACAGUGCUCAAAAUCCCACUGCUGGGAGUAUAGACAGGUCUGAAAGUACCCCCAGUAUUAAACAGUUGUCCCCUGGUCCUGGGGGUAGCAUGUCUCCAGCCCCUCAGAUCCAACAUCAGAGGUCAGGGAGUGAACCCAUGAUGAACCCUGAUGGUAGUGUGUCCCAAAAUACUCCAAAGUCCCAUUAUCUGUCUGUACAGCCUCGAAUGGCUCCCUCAACAUCAGACAGUCACCUCAACAAACCCCCACCCCCAAAACCCAGCAGGAUCCCCUCCGUUAAAUACAUUGGAAAAGACCGUCCGAAAAUCAGCAUCCGAAAUAAGGAAUUAUAUGAGGACGAUGACAGGGAUUAUUCUGAUUACUAUCAGGUGAGGGAAUCACCGAGCUGGCUCAAGAAAUGUCAGCCACCCACAUAUAGCGGCAAUCUCAACAAUAAUUACCAGCCCUCGGGCAACGAAGGGGAUUAUGACAAUAAUUUUAAUAGUGUUCAUUUUGAAAACAAACAUGCAAAGGACAAUCCGGAAACACUUACCAUAGAGUUACCCGAAAAAAUCAAGAAAAAGUCUGAAAGCCAGUUUUCUGGAUUGUGGGGUAGGGACUAUGCUGAAAUUCCGUCUCCCCUCACCCCAAAGGGGAAACAGAUCGAAGUGAUCGGGGAGGAGGAGGUACAGAUGAGGAAAAAGACAAUAAAGGUCCCAGAAAUUGACACUCACACAAGCUUAAAACCCACUGAGUUCAAAUCCUCAUUAAUUCAAUCGGACAAUAAACCCUUGGAGCCAUCCGUUCUGUUAAAAGUGAAAGAGAUACUGUUGGAUAAUAAUUCUCAUAGACUGGCGGAACACAUGACUAAGGUGGAUCUGGAUUAUCUGAAGGUCGUCAAUGAUUCGGAUCUCGGAUUAGGUGUAGUGUCUGGAUUAGAGUUGAUUACUCUACCUCAAGGGAAACAACUCAGACAGAAUGUCAUUGAAAGGUGCUACUGUAUGAAAGUGUUUGUCAUGGUGACGACCUUGACAUGCAGCACAGUGACAGAGCGAGCUAAAAUACUGAGUCAGUGGAUACAGAUAGCCGUAGAUCUGAGGUCAACAUUUGGAAACUUGUUUGGCUUUGCCAGCGUUAUGGAGGGGCUUACUUCAGAACAUAUUUCCCGUCUGCGAGACACCUGGCUAAUCCUGCGUAGGAAUCACACAAACAGUGCCUUUCAAUUUGACACGAAGCUGAAGUCCGCGUACAAGUCCCUGAUGGAUGGCAGCGGGCUCCUCCCACUACAGAAUGUGUCUGUUCCCGACAUUGCACCCCUCGUGUUUCUCCUGGAGCGGGACGAGACCAGUCUCACUAGUUACCUCCCCUGGGAGUUAUCGGACCAGAACAGUGGGUUGGACAUUCUACUGACACAUUUAGACACGGCCCGCCUGAUCACCGCCCAGUGUGGACUGUACAAAGUCACGGCGCAAAACAUGAUGAAGUCUGGGAAACUGGAGGACAUUAUCACUGAUGUCUUCCAAACGGAAUUCCAUCUGAGGAUGCUGUGGGGAGCUAAAGGUGCUAGUGUGGAGAGGAAGGAGAGACAGAAUAAAUACGAACAGUUACUGUCAGUGUUGUCUAAUAGGGCAGAGCCGUCAGGGGACGACGGAACUGCCGUAUAAACCACAGACAGACAGAAUAAAUACGAACAGUUACUGUCAGUGUUGUCUAAUAGGGCAGAGCCGCCAGGGGAUGAUGGAACUGCUGUCUGAACAACAGACGGACAGAAUAAAUACAAACAGUUACUGGCUGUACUGUCAAAUAGGCAGAGUUGCCAGGGUACAACGGAACUGCUGUGUAAGCAGCAGCAGAAUAAAUACGAGCAAUUAACUGGCAGAACUGUCUUGAUAGGGCAAGCUCCUUCAUGGGGACAACAGAAUUGCCUUAUAAUCAAGAGACGUACAUACAUGUACUCUGGUUUUACAUGGUAUCACUAUAAGCUAAUCAUCCAAAGAAUUACAUAAUCGUUAUGUAUGCAGCAAAUGUUAAUGUUUGUUGAUUUGUAUUUUUCUUGUAAUAAAGUAUACAAUACAAUU